AUGAACACUGGCUACGGCAACGUCCGAUGGCACGUGACAGUGGCCGAGCCAGACAUAACAAGCUUCGUGCCACAGACUCAAAACAGCCUCCGCGCUGCGAUUGACCACCUGUCAACCAUGCCUACGAAAACUUCCCUCGGCGAGGCCGAAAAGCUCCUGGGCUGGAAGCUGGAAGAAGCUUCUGCCUCUUUUCUUCUUGCUCCCGACAUGCAAGAAUGGUGCGAGCUAGAUUCCUGCACGUUUGACGCAAUGCACGCGCUUUGGUCCAACGGCAUAGUGGGGCAAGAGCUGGGCUACUGGUACACAGCCCUGCGCCGCAAGGCUAACCUCAGCCUCACAGACAUGCGGCGCUACGUAGAGCUAGGCUGGCAUGGAGUCGGGCGGGCGCGGGGCAUAAACCUCUUGAGUCUGUUCACAGUCCACCUUUGGAGGGAGGGGGCCGACUUUCGAGGAGAUGCGGGCCAAGCGCUGUUUGUGCUUUCCAUUUGUGUGCAGUUUGGCGAAGACAUUGCCAUUGGCCUCUGCGCAGACAUGCGCCGGGAGCACUCCUCUCUUGAAGCGUUGCACCGCGUGUGCUUGUGCGUCCUCGAAACGAAGCGCGACACUGCCCAUGGCUCUCAUCUGGCUCGGCUGCAAGCUGAGCACGUCAGAAGCUUUGCGGCUGUCUACGGCGCUGAUAAGGUCCGGCCCAAGCUGCAUUAUUCCUUGCACUUGCAGCAGCAGUGCUGGAAGUGGGGUCGCUUGGUUGACUGCUUCACUUGUGAGAGAAAGCACCGCGCUUUCAAACGUGUCGCAAGAAGGCAACAAAUGCUAGCACGCUUUUCCCAGCAGUGCUUGCUCGAGUUAGCAAGCGCUGAACUCCGCUCCAAGCAGCCAGCCAAGAGGCUUCUGUGGCGCCUGGACGGUCGGACGACUGAGAACGUGGACGUCGGCACUGCGCUGGGCGCCACUGCUCCAGCCACCCUGGCCCCGCGAGCUCUUGGCCCAGACACAAUCUCAAGAGGGGAUGUUUUGAUCCCCUCCCCUGCGGAAGCCUUUGAAGUGCUUGGGGUAACCUCCGUGGACUCGCGCAUCCUUCUGCUGAUCCACGUCUUGGAACCAGCAGACCUUCAUUUCAACACGACCCGGUCGGGACGAUCGAAAUGGACACGCGCGAGCACGCUUAGAUUGCACGCUGUCCAUAUAGAAAGUGUAGCGUCAGCGCCUCGGGCCAUGCACAUGCGCGAAGAGCGCAUUGGCAACACCACGCACAUCUGGCUGCUCGAGUAG